UAGAAGCUUAGAAACUAUGAAUGAAAAUCCCAAGAGCGAUGCUUGAAACACAGAACCAGAGCAAUCCCCUAAGUCGGUCCAAGCUAAUUGGCCGUUGCAUAGUCUCCUGUAUCUUCGUCUUCCUCACUCACUUGGCUCUCUCUGUGAUCCCUCGCUUCUUCUCCGCCUUCUCCUUUCUAACCCAACUCGCUCUCUCGGCUCUGCUGCUCCUGCUGCUCGUGGGUUUUGGCGGAUGGUGCAGAAGAACGCUUCUUAGAGCAAAAGCUUCGGCUCCGGCUUUCGUCUUCUUCAAUAUUCUCUUCAUUUGGGGGUUUUACUUCUCUGUUAUCCGACCAGCUGUGCCGCAACUAAACGAUGCCGUUUUCAACUGUGGAGUUGUGUUCCUCUUUAUUGGUCUCUAUAGUAUCAUAACAAGUGACCCUGGCAUUGUUACAAAUGGGUCUGCCUCUCCAGACCAGACUAUGGAGAGCUCACUUUCUCAAGUUGAUAAGGAGUUGGAGCCCUUAGCAAGUGGUUUAGGCCAUGAGUCAACUCAAGAUUCAGGUUUGUUGAUGAGGGUUAGAUAUUGCGAAACCUGCAAGGCAUACAUAAAGGGUCUUGACCAUCAUUGUCCUGCUUUUGGAAAUUGUAUAGGCCAAAAUAAUCAUCCCCUUUUCUUAAUUCUUCUGUUUGGACUUAUUGUUACCGAAGCUUCUUAUCUAGUGUGCUCGUCACUCUUUGCGGCCAAAUCCAGGAUCUUGGAUAGACCCUCAGAGCUUACUCUUUCUGAAAAUUUAGCUGUUAGCACAAUUCUGUUCACCAUUCUCCAACUGCUGUGGCAGGUGGUGUUUGUGAUUUGGCACAUAUAUUGUGUAUGUGCAAACAUCAGAACUGAUGAGUGGAUAAAAUGGAAGAAGUAUCCAGAGUUCCAACUUGUUAUUCCACCCGAACCAGGACAAAGCUUCAGAAAUAUUAGGUUCUGGAAUCCAUAUGACAAAGGCAUUGUACAGAAUGUGAAGGAGUUUCUAGCCAUCCAGCAUUAAAGAACAUAAAAGUUGUCAAUGCUUGUUACUGCAGAAUCCUUGAAUAGUCGUCAUUGUUCCAUCCAUGAAGAAAGCAGUCUCCCUUUAUUAUAUAUAUUCCAUCUUCUAUAUAUAUUCCAGCAUUUGGAGCAACAUGGCAAGCCUUUGGGAGGUAUGGAUUAGUACAAAAGCAUUGAGAUAAAUUAAAAUGUUUGACAAAUUCAAAAACAUUCUACCCGGCCCGUACAGAUUCACACCAGGUCCUCCAAAAUUAAGGUCAAGAUGCCAGAAGUACAGCAAUGAUUGCUUCAAGUUCAAGCUUUACCUUAAUUAAUGGAUUUAUUGGGGGGCUGGAGUCUAUGUGACCUGCAACUAAAAAAAUCAAUAAAUUGUUAUUAUACUGUAUUUUGUCGUCGUCGUUGUUGUUGUUAAAGACAAUAGUUCUGGAAUUGGAUAUGUGAACAAUGAUUAAGUGUAAUAAAAGUAAUCAAUCUAUACCA